UAAAUCUGCACUUAUAUAUACGCACUGCAUCCCCCCGCGCUUAACUCGCUCUCGCCUCCCGCAUCGCAUCUCCAUCAUCUCCCCAUCCUCCUCUCUACUCGUGUCUUCCAUUCCUCCAUCCCUCGCGCGCAUCUCCGACGAGCUCUCUACUCCCUCCUCCGCCGCCGACGAUGAUUCACCUCCACUCCCCGCCGACGGCGCCCGCCGCAUUCGGCGGCGCCGGCUCGGCGGACUGGCGGCGGCGGCGGCGGUGGUCAUGGUCGUCGUCGUCCCGCGCUCCGGUGGCUAAAGGUGGCCAUCUUCGUCCGUGCGUUUGGCGGCGCGGCGGCGACGACGGCGGCGGCGAGGAUCAUCACGCCGACGGCGGCGGCGGCGGCGGAGGAGGAGCGGCGUGGAGGGCGCGGGCCACCACCGCCGGCGUGUCGAGCUCCAGCAGUACAGCCAAAGGGCUGCAAGCCAACAUCAUCGAACAUGAGACCCCCCGGAUCACGAAAUGGCCCAAUGAAUCACGCGACCUCGACGAUCACCAACAAAACAACGAGGCUGAUGAGGAGGCAGAUGAUGAGCUGCAGCCACUGGUCGAGCAGGUGAGGUCGAUGCUGUCGUCCAUGGAGGACGGCGCGAUCACCGCGUCGGCGUACGACACGGCGUGGGUGGCGCUGGUGCCGCGGCUGGACGGCGAGGGCGGCACGCAGUUCCCGGCCGCCGUGCGGUGGAUCGUCGGCAGCCAGCUCGCCGACGGGUCGUGGGGCGACGAGGCGCUCUUCUCCGCCUACGACCGCGUCAUCAACACCCUCGCCUGCGUCGUCGCCCUCACCAGAUGGUCCCUCCACCAUGACCAGUGCAAGCAAGGGCUUCAGUUUCUGAAUCUGAACUUGUGGAGGUUAGCAGAGGAGGAGCCGGAUACGAUGCCGAUUGGGUUUGAGAUUGCAUUCCCUUCUCUUGUGGAGGCAGCUAGGGGUUUGGGUAUUGAUUUCCCAUAUGAUCACCCUGCUCUCAAGGGCAUUUAUGCAAACAGAGAACUCAAGCUUAAGAGGAUUCCAAAGGACAUGAUGCAUAUAGUCCCAACUUCAAUUCUGCAUAGCCUUGAAGGGAUGCCUGGGCUGGAUUGGCAGAGGCUUCUGAAGCUCCAAUGCAGUGAUGGAUCCUUCUUGUUCUCCCCUUCAGCUACUGCUUAUGCUCUCAUGCAGACCGGUGACAAGAAAUGCUUCGCGUACAUCGACAGGAUCAUUAAGAAAUUCGACGGAGGCGUUCCGAACGUUUACCCGGUCGAUCUUUUUGAGCACAUAUGGGUUGUCGAUCGGUUGGAGCGUCUUGGGAUAUCGCGGUACUUCCAACGAGAGAUUGAACAGAACAUGGACUAUGUCAACAGGCACUGGACUGAAGAUGGGAUUUGCUGGGCUAGGAACUCCAAUGUAAAAGAAGUGGAUGACACCGCUAUGGCUUUCCGUCUACUACGCCUCCAUGGAUACAAUGUAUCACCAAGUGUGUUCAAGAAUUUUGAGAAGGAUGGGGAGUUCUUCUGUUUUGUGGGGCAAUCAACUCAAGCAGUCACUGGGAUGUAUAACCUGAACAGAGCAUCUCAGAUAAGUUUUCCAGGAGAAGACAUUUUGCAGCGUGCAAGGAAUUUCUCAUAUGAGUUCCUUAGAGAAAGAGAAGCCCAGGGGACACUUCAUGAUAAAUGGAUCAUCUCCAAGGACCUACCAGGAGAGGUACAAUACACACUAGAUUUUCCUUGGUAUGCGAGCUUGCCACGCGUCGAGGCAAGAACAUACAUAGGUCAAUAUGGUGGAAAUGAUGACGUCUGGAUUGGAAAGACACUCUACAGGAUGCCAAUUGUGAAUAACGCUACAUAUCUCGAGUUGGCGAAACAGGAUUUCAACCGUUGUCAAGCUCUACAUCAGCAUGAGUUGCAGGGUCUACAAAAGUGGUUCAUUGAGAAUGGCCUGGAAGCUUUUGGGAUGACACCUGAAGAUGUUUUGAGAGCUUAUUUUUUGGCUGCCGCGUGCAUUUUCGAACCAAACCGUGCCUCUGAGCGACUUGCAUGGGCUAGAGUGUCAGUGCUGGCCAACACUAUUUCUAGGCAUUUUUACAGCGAUAUGUCAAGCAUGAAAAGGAUGGAGCGUUUCAUGUGGAGCAGCCUCUAUGAAGAAAAUGGCAAUGUUUUGGGGCUAGAAGGAUAUGCAAAAGAUGGAAUCCUUGCGAGGACACUUUGUCAACUUAUAGAUUUGUUGUCUCAAGAGACACCGCCAGUUCGAGAAGGUCAAAAGUGUAUUCAUAAUCUCAUAAGAUGUGCUUGGAUUGAAUGGAUGAUGCAACAAAUCAAUAUGAAGGAUGGCAGAUAUGACAAAGGCAGAGUUAUGCAUCCAGGGUCAUGCACUGUUCAUAAUAAAGAAACAUGUUUACUUAUUGCUCAAAUUGUUGAAAUUUGUGCUGGACGAAUUGAGGAGGCAGCAUCUAUGAUAAAUAACACCGAAGGUUCUUGGUUUAUUCAACUUGCUUCCUCUAUUUGCGAUUCUCUUCAUGCCAAGAUGUUACUUUCACAGGAUACCAAGAAAAAUGAGACAACAAUAAAUCAAAUUGACAAGGAAAUUGAGUUGGGUAUGCAAGAACUUGCUCAAUAUCUUCUUCCAAGAGUUGAUGAUAGAAGAAUUAACAACAAAACCAAGCAGACCUUCUUGAGCAUUGUGAAAAGCUGUUACUAUGCUGCCAAUUGCUCACCACAUAUGCUUGACCAACACAUUUCUGAAGUGAUUUUUGAGCAAGUUAUUUGAAAUAAAGUUUAGGCAAAUAGAGCAUUUGUCAGAUUGAAUCGCAUGUAAAUAUUUCUGUGCAGAAAAAAUAUGUAAAGAAUGAGAGAGAACAAGCAUAUAAACAAUAGUAUUAUUGUUGAAAGCUAACAAUUUUUACAUCAAGUGAAUGAUGUAUCUCUGUAUGGUUCUACAUGUGGGACACAUUUUCUAUAAAUUAUUUAUUUUGGGUUUGUUCUAUGUCAAA